UAAGUAAGAUGGUAAACGUCAAAAAUUCCUAAAAAGCUUCACCUUUAUCAAUAUAUUAUAGAUUUUAUUGUCACUCGUAAAUUAAAACGCGUAUUUAAACAAAUUCAGCACAAAUUAGAAACCGAAACAUUCCAAAAGUGGGUUAAAACCGUUGCGAAUUCCCCAAAACCACCCCUAAUUCUAACCACAUUUUUUAGGAUCGUUUUGUUUUCGACUCUUAAAAACUAUUUACAUAAUAACUAAAAGGUUAUAAGAUCAGUGCAAUAAUUGAUGUUUCAAAAAGAAAAUGCCCAUGUUUUUACUAAAUAAUGUCCCCGUUGAAGACAUAGUUACCUACGGAAGAUACUACGAAGGCGAGGCGUUCGAAAAUAGCCACUUUUUGUCCCCGCUGGCCAGCUUUAAGAUUAACCAUGAGGAAGCGCAAAGAAACUCGUAUCCGAAUCAACGCAAUCAAAACGAAAAUCAAGAAAAAAUGAAACAAUACAAUUGUUCUAAGUGCGGAAAAGUAUUUCUUUUUAAACAUCAUUUGGUGGCGCACGAGAAAACCCACAACAACAUCAAUAUUUUUGAGCCCUCACAAACUAAUGAUAAACCAAAACCCCCGCCGGAAGCCAAACCCCGACCGUAUGUUUGUCAAAAAUGUGGAAAAUCGUUUUCGUUGAAGCAUCACUUGACAUCGCACGAACGUACGCAUCUCGGGAUUCGACCCCACGCGUGUGAAUUUUGUGGAAAAACUUUUACACAUAAACAUUGCCUUAAUACCCACUUGUUAUUACAUUCUAGUGAGAGACCUUAUCAUUGUGGUGAAUGUAAGAAGAGGUUUACGUUAAAACAUCAUUUAUUAUCACACGCAAAGGUACAUAAUCGAGAGAAACCAUUUAAAUGCGUCGAUUGUGGAUUAGCGUUCGCAUUACGACGGCAUUUAGUAACACACAGUAAAUUUCACGCGGGGAAGCGACCCUACGUUUGCGAAGAAUGCGGGGAGACCUUUUCUCAAAACGAUCAAUUGGUGAUGCAUUCGAGAUUUCACGGCUCCCUCAAUUCGUACGUUUGCAACGUUUGCGGUGAUACAUUCACGAGAAAAUUCGAAUUGGUUACCCAUCAAAAGAUCCACGGAAAGUUACCACACGUUUGCGAAAUUUGUUUCAAAGAGUUUCUUCAAAAACGAACUUUAAUCGCACACAUGAGAGAUCACUCGAAGAAGAUUUCUUUGUCUUGUCAAGAGUGUGGAUGUGUUUUUACCACACAAGAAGCCUUAGCGUUUCAUGUAAAAGUCCAUACGACAACGACAACGGAAAAACCAAACCAUGAAUACCCAAAUAUGUUAUCGAAUAACCAACAACAACCGUUCAUUUUUAAUAAUUGCGAUAGAAAUAAUUUUAAUUUAAAUAAACUUCAUCAGAAUGCGAUCAAAAUUGAUCCGACAACGACAACCGGGAAAGGGACUUAUUGUUGCCCGGAAUGUAAUUGCGGUUUUUAUAGUGAAGAAGCUUUAACUUUACACAAAAAACUUCAUUACGGAGACACAGCUUUAGUUAACGAUAUUUGUACGUUAGCAACUAAUAUUCAAAGGGGAAACUUAACCAACCCGAAUUUAAUGCCUGUUAAUGUAAAUUUAACCAAUUCGCAUAAAAACACUUUAAAUCACCAUCAUCCGGAACAAAAAGAAAAGAAAUUUAUUUGCGAACAUUGCUCGAAAGGGUUCGUUGGUAAACAUGGCUUACAACAACAUAGACGGAGACACCCAGAUGGAACUUGUGUUUUAAAAUCGCACGUUUGCGCCACUUGUAGUAAAGCAUUCCAUCAAAAGAAUCAUUUAAUACUUCAUGAAAGGCAACAUAUGGAUUUAAAGGGAAGAAAUAAUAAGCAAACAGUGAUUUAUUCAAAUAUGGAACCAGUUAAGGUCGGGGAAAAUCAAUUUAGUUGUGAAGUUAAAAGGGAGCAAUUGCAUGAGAAUAAGAGUGAUAUUACUAUACAAAAUUUGAAUUAAAUUUUAAUUAAAAUUAUAUAAUUAAAAAGAAUUGAGGUUAAGUUAACCGUAUUUUAGGUUAUGUGUCAGUUGUCAAAAAUUAAAUGGUAAUCUCUUUAUGGAAAAAGUUUCUUUUUAAGGAAUUAAGUAUUUACGUCUGUGAAAAGUUUAAAUAAAACCGUGUAGCAUUUAAGUAUCCGUAAAAUGUGUAAGUAAAAAUCAUAACAGUUUGUAAGGUUCUAAUUUUUAAGUACCGAUAAGUACAUUGUAGGUUUGUAUGUUUAGGUGAGAUAAAAAAAAACCAGUAGAUUUGUAGUUGAAGUAAACCAGGCAAUCGUUACGUUAAAUUAUUAUUAUUUUCGCAAUUUUUUUUGAGGAAAAUGUUUAAACAAAAAAAAAUGAUGUGUUUAG